CAGCCCUGCGUCCCAAGACGGGUUAUCAUAAGGAGUGAGAGUUUACGUCCUUGCCCAGGACGACUCCAUGAACAAGGCUGUUUCUUCUGAUGAUUCUAGCCUGUCGUCCCGGAUCCACUGGACCGGCUCUGACUGCGAGGAGUCAAUCGACUAGGCCUUUGCUACCAAUGACAAGGAUAUUAGGAAAAAAUGCCAGAAGAGCCCGGAUGAGGAGAAACAGACCAAAGGCCAAGAUACCAUCCAGGGCCGAGCCUUAUCGAUGGCCGAGCAACCCUUGCUUUGUCUGCAUUUGUGUAGUGUCCCUUCGCUCUCAUAUUAGAACUGGGAAAAACACUGCUAACCCGUAACCAGCGAAUCAGAUAGAUGGGCUCAUUACUCUAACUUACUGACGUGCUGGGUUCGCUCAUGAAAUAUGAACGUGUGGGCCGGCGGAACGUCACACUGCACAAACUUUGAAAUAUCACACCCCGGAUGUCAAAAUCUGAACGU